AUGACAAAGACCCUCCAGAUAUUUUACUGGGAUCCAAUCGAGUGCCUCCAGUCACUUCUUAGCCACCCCAUGUUGGCCGAUAGUUUUGAUUUCAUCCCACACAAAGUCUAUGCUGAGGCAGAACAUGCUGUUCAUGUUUACUAUGGUUUCAUGACUGGUGACCGUGCUUGGAAACUUCAGGAAGAUUUGCCUGAUGGCGCGACCUUACUUGGUGUGGUCCUCUCCUCAGACAAGACCAAGGUCAGCAACCUUGCUGGCAACCGCUAUGCCCAUCCGCUCCUCAUCACUCUCGCCAAUAUCGACCCUGAUGUAUGUGCUAAAGGAUCCCUCCAGGCAUAUAUCCCUCUCACUCUACUUCCUGUUGCAAAGUUUAUCCAUAGGGUCAAACACAUGUAUGGUGUUCUGGCAGACUGGUUACUUCAUCAAUGCAUUGACAUUGUGAUUGAACCGUUGAAGCAAGCUGCACGCCUAGGCAUCAUGAUGAGUGAUCCAGUGGGGUUCGGUAGAUAUUGUUUCACGCCCCUUGUUGCUUAUUCAGCAUCACUCCAAAUGGAAUCUCUCUACCUUAACAACAUUCUUUGUGUCAUUACUGUUAUCUAA